AUGGAAGCGGCAGGCCGAGGGCCGGAGCGAGACCUGGCGCGCUUCGUCUACGUGACCCAGUUCGGCUCGCACCAGUGUGGCCACGUCUUGCGGCUGGGCGGCAGGGCCCAGGGCCGUGGGAGCCCCGGGCUCGCGGCCGGCUGCUGCCAGGAGGAGCCGCGGCAGGUGGUGGCUGCGGAGCCCCCGGGCGGCGGGGAGCCGUCCCUCGGCUCGCCACCCAGGGCCCCCGCGCCCUCCUCACAGGCGCGGCCGUCGAACGCGCGGAGCGGGCCCAGACGGGCGGCGCGUGCAGGUUUAGCCAAGGAGAAUUUAGCUAAGAAGUACGACUUCCCCAUUCCUUUGAAUGAGGCUUCCAAAAUAAUGAAGAAAAAGAAAAAGGUUUCAGUAUGGAAUAAAGUAUACAAAGUCAUUUCUAAAAUGCUUGAAGAAAAUGAAAAAUACAGACUCAGGCUGAAAUGCCAACAAUUACCUAGUAAAAGUAAGUUAACACAGUUUUUGUUUUAUUAA